AUGACGGGUCUCGACUACGCUGGACCACUCUACACGAAAGAUGGAGGUAAGGUCUGGGUCUGUCUCUUCACCUGUUGUAUGACAAGGGCAGUCCACCUUGAAAUAGUGACCGAUUUGACCACUGAUGCCUUCCUGAGAUGUCUUAGACGGUUCAUUGGGAGACGAGGGACCCCGUCCUUGGUCGUGAGCGACAAUGCGACAACCUUUAGGAAGGCAGCUAAGACAGUCGCCAAGAUCGUGAAUCAUGUGGCCGUGAAGACAUACGCCGCUAACAACCAGAUCCAGUGGAAGUUCAAUCUGGAGAAGGCCCCAUGGUGGGGAGGCUUCUUUGAGAGACUGAUUAAGACAUUGAAGAGGAGCCUGAAGAAAACUGUAGGUGGUGCUAAACUUACAGUUGAUGAGAUCCAAACAGCUCUAUGUGAAGUUGAACUCAUGUUCAAUACUUGA